GUUACCAGUCAUACGACCCCGCGGCCAAGAUGUCAGCGCUUCGCAUCGCGUCAGUUCAGUUCGAAAACGCCUCGGGCGACAAGGCCGCCAACCUCGCUGCGAUCCGCCGGCUGUCUACCCAGGCCGCACGCCGCGGCUGCAACGUCGUCGCCUUUCACGAGUGCUCCAUUUCAGGCUACACCUUUGCAUCGCAUCUAUCCCGCGAUGCGCUCAUCGCCGUGGCCGAGCCCGUCCCGUCAGGUCCUAGCGUGCAGGAGCUCAUCGCCAUUGCGCGCGACGUCGGCAUCGUUAUCUUAGCCGGGCUAUUCGAGUACGACUCGGCGGUAGAUAAGAUUUACAAUAUGUAUGUCUGCGUCUCGGGCGAGGGCUUACUCGCGCGCUUCCGCAAGCUCCACCCUUUCAUUAGCGCGCACCUCUCGGCCGGUGACGAGCUCGUCGUGUUCGAUCUCUUGGGCUGGAAGGCCAGCAUUCUCAUAUGCUACGACAACAACGUGGUCGAAAACGUGCGGGCCACGGCGCUCGCAGGCGCCGAGGUGCUGUUUGCGCCUCACGUCACCAUGUGCACGCCCUCGACACGGCCCGGCGCCGGCUUCGUGGACCCGGCGCUGUGGGACGCGAGAGAAACGGACCCAACCACGCUGCGGGGCGAGUUCACCGGCCUCAAGGGCCGUGCCUGGCUCAUGAAGUGGCUCCCGGCGAGGGCGUACGACAAUGCUAUAUACGUAGUGUUUAGCAACCCGAUCGGCAUGGACGAUGACCAGCUGAAAAACGGCUGCUCCAUGGUGCUCGACCCGUUCGGAGACGUGUUGGACGAGUGCCGACAGCUGGGCGAGGACCUAGCCGUGGCGACAUGUACGCGCGAUAAGUUGCGUCUUGCCGGCGGUUUCAGAUAUCGCAAGGCGAGGCGGCCCGACGUGUAUGGGAGCAUCAUUGCGGCAAAUCACGAACCGAAGCUCAAGGUGGCCUGGAUGUAGACAAUGCAACGAGUUGCUCUCGAGUUCCCCCUACAACUGCACAUUGAUGGUAUCAUAAUUCGCUAUGAGGCACGGGUUGUUAUGAGCUGCAGCGGGAUGAGCGGUCCUUAAGGUGUGAGAAAAGAGAAACGGAUUACUGUAACUAGCGAUACUUGCGUAGC